AUGGGUAAACGAAAAGGAAGUUCGAAGAAACCGGCUGGACCGAAGAGGCGAGAACCCCUUGCGACAACGUUCACCUGCCUGUUCUGCAACCACGAGAAGGCGAUCCAAGUGAAACUCGACAAGAAGGCCGGCGUGGGCAACCUACACUGCAAGGUCUGCGGCCAGCGGUUCCAGACGGGAAUCAACUAUCUCUCCGCCGCGGUCGAUGUCUACUCGGACUGGAUCGACGCCUGUGAGAACGUCGCACAGGAAGCUGCCGCAGAGGAGGCAGCAGACAAGAACUUCAGCGACUACGCGACGGCGAAAUCGGUGAGGAAGACUGUCGCGGGCGGCGGGGAUGAGGAGGACGACGGCGCAUAUGACGAGGAAUACUGA